AUUUCUGGUAAUUACUAGGAAUCCUUCUCAUUGUCAUUUGUUUUCUCGCUUGAAUACGCGUACACGUCGAUCUCCAGUGCCGAUGUUUUUUCUAGCCGCCCUUUUCUCUUUCCUAGUGGCCGUGAAUGGUCAGGAAUGCGACACCAAACCUCAAGUGCGCAAUUUCACGCUUGCUGACAACGACACGAGGAUUUUCUUCUAUGGAACGUUUUCCGGCGAAGUAGUCAAAUGUCUGUGGUAUGUGAAUGACGCGUCGAACGAUACGACCAGUGGUGCUAUCAAUGGAAAUGAAAUAAACUGUCCUGUGCCAUCGUUUCUUGUGAGCCACUUGAGUAACAAUGAAGACAUGACUGGAUCACCUUUACAAGGCACUCAAAAUCAAGCUUCUAUUGGAGGAGGCAUGGGUUUUAAAAUAGAGGUACAAAUUCAUGUGUAUUACACAAACACAACGAAUCAAAUGGCAUCAGACUGUUGGGGAGACAAGAUCUCUGUUGUUGGUGGCACAGGGCUCGUUCCGACGUUACCUCCUGAAACAAAUCCUGCUUUGCCUGCUUGCUGCGUAAGUGCUAUGAACUCUGUGUGUAGAGCAGAUUGCCAGGCCUCUUCAAACUUUGCUGCUCUGUCGAGAUGUACUCUUCAGGACAUUAAUCGGAUAGUGAACUGCACAGCUGAUUCAUGUGGCUUCGACAUCUGCGAGCAACAAUACAUGCACGACAAACGGACAGGACGCAUUGACAUGUGUUCAAUCCUUAGUAACUAUGAAACAUGUCUCAAUGGUGUUCGGUCUGACUGUGUGGGAUACAUGUCACGAAUUCGACAGGCACAGACGGACGUUGCGGGUAACUUGUCGAGCAUGUGCAGCACAACAGCCACCGUCACGUCACUCUCAACAUUCUCAACACCUGCAGCGAUCACAACAUCAACUGUCCCCAAAACGUCAGCAUCGUCCCUAACGACGACGUCAUCUAUGAGUUCCGAAGAGGCAAACGACUCGAAAGAGACAGAAAAGCCGAGCAACGAAACACAAGACGAAGUGCAAGAGAUUACAGCGAAGGAAGCGAAGAAAGAGCAGCCGAGUGAUCGACCAAUUGCGAGUCGGCCGAUACCCGGAAAGGCGUGGCAGGUGGUGUUUACAGGCGAUGGUCGGGUGUUCUUCUUUAAUCCAGUUAGUAAGGUGUCUGUGUGGGAGAUACCGAAGGAGCUGAGUGGAGUCGCGAAUUUGGAGAAGUUGAUGGAGAUGCCUGAAGGUAAGGGAGAGUCGGAUGAGAGCGAUAAGGGUGAGCAACUGGAGGAGGAGGAUAAGGAGGAGGAAGAGAAGAAGGGUGAGGAUGGGGAAGAAGGGGAACCGGCUGCGAAGAAACUGAAGACAGACGAAGACGCCGAGCCAGCCGUCUUAUCAGCCGAACAACGUGCGGCAAACCUUCGUGCCACCCUCAGUCUUGACGAACGUCAGCAACGUUUCCACGAAAUGCUAACAGAGAGAAAUGUAUCAGCCUUCUCAACAUGGGAGAAGGAGCUACCAAAAUUUGUGUUUGACGAACGUUACUUGUUGUUGACGGUGAGAGAACGUAGGGGAGCGUAUGAUGUGUAUGUGAAGAAGAGAGCGGAGGAGGAGAGGAAGGAGAAGAGCAAGAGGCUUCGAGAGAAGAAGGACGACUACAGGAAGCUGUUGGAAGAGUCGAAGCUCACAGUCAAGACGACUUUCAGCGAGUUCUCGCUGAAACACGGACGAGACUCUCGAUUCAAAGGCAUCGAAAAGAUGCGCGAACGUGAAGCUCUCUUCACCGAGUUCCUCUCAGAGCUCAAAGUUCGACAGAAAGAAGAAGCUCGUCAUCAAGAAGACAAGGUGAAAGACGACUUUUUUGAGAUGUUGUCGGAGAGACGAUCACUGAAGCCGAAAUCGAGUUGGAACAAAGUGAAGGGAAAGUUUGAACAUGACAGUCGGUAUAAGGCGGUCGAUGGGUCGAGAUUGAGGGAAACGUUGUUCCAGGCGUAUAUUUCUAAGUUGGUGCAGGCACAGGAUGCCAACGAAGACGACGAAACAGUCAAGAAAGAUCGAGAACGUCGUGACAGAAUAGAAGCAAGUUUGAGAGAAAGAGAAAAAGAAGUGCGUAAAGCAAGGGAAGACCAGUCCAAGGAGUGGCACGUCUCAAGAGAACAACACCGAAAAGAAGAAACACUCGGAGGCUUCAAGGCAUUCUUGACCGACAUGGUUCGUGAUUCCGAGUUAAGUUGGAGAGACGCAAAACACGUAUUGAAGAAAGACCACAGAUGGUCAGACUUCUCUCUCCUCGAAUCGGUGGAGAGAGAGCAUCUCUUUGAGCAGCACAUCCAACUGCUGAGAAGCAAGAAACGGAAAGGAUUUCACCAAAUGCUUUCUGAUGUGAAGGUAAUGCUGACGUCGUCUUGGAAGGAUGUGAAGAAGAAGACGAAGGACGAUCUUCGAUAUGAGAGGUUUUCAUCUAGUGACUCUGUUUGCAAAUCUGAAUUUGAGAGAUACAUGGAAGAGCUGGAAAAGAAGGCGUGGACUGAGUUUAGAUCUCUUCUCAAAGAGACCAAGUUAAUCACCGACAAAUCCAAGAAAAUGAUUGAAGAGUCUGAUUUGCAUCUACGAGAUAUAAAAGAGAUACUAAAAAAUGAUCUUCGCUGGCUCGUGUUGGAAUGCAUGUCUGACGAGAGAGAGAGCAUUCUUAUGGACUACAUCGAUGAGUUACACAAGCGGGGUCCGCCUCCGCCUCCAACAGCUACAGAACCAGUGGACAGCAGGCGAAAACGCAAUCCAUAGGUUUGAAUAGGUCACGUGACUCACGUGAGUAGGCGUUUUAUGUAUGACAUUCGGCACGUGAUUUUGAUGUAUGCACGUGACGUGCUUAUCUGUUCAAUACGAUACAUAUGUUAUGAGAAAGUAGGCUGUACAUGUACAUGCAGAUUUGGAACGUUGCGCAGUGGCUUAUCUUAAAAAGAUGACGUAAAA